AUGACUGGUAGGGGCACCGACCCCAAAAGGGGUCGUCUUUGGCCACAGAUGACCAUGGCAUUGGCCAUUGCUUUGAUUUCUACUAGUGUGGUUUCUGUUAAUGCUGACAGUUACCCUUACUAUUCAACACCACCACCACCAUCCCCUUCAUCAUCACCACCUCCACCAUCUUAUGAGCACAAGACUCCACCUUCUGAAUACAAGUCAUCACCUCCACCUUCACCAUCACCUCCACUUCCUUACGUGUACAAGUCUCCCCCACAUCCACCAUAUGAGCACAAGGCUCCACCUUAUGUCUACAAUUCACCACCUCCUCCAUCACCCUCACCACCACCUCCUUAUGUGUAUAAGUCACCACCUCCUCCUUCCCCAUCACCCCCACCUCCCUACUAUUACAAGUCACCUCCACCACCCUCCCCCUCAUCUCCUCCUCCAUACUAUUACAAGUCUCCUCCACCACUCUCCCCUUCACCACCUCCUCCAUACUAUUACAAAUCUCCCCCACCACCCUCCCCCUCACCACCUCCUCCAUACUAUUACAAAUCUCCUCCACCACCAUAUGAGCACAAGGAUCCACCGUACUAUUACAAGUCACCACCUCCUCCUUCCCCAUCUCCUCCACCUCCCUACUAUUACAAGUCUCCUCCACCGCCCUCUCCCUCACCUCCUCCUCCCUACUAUUACAAGUCUCCUCCACCACCUUCUCCUUCACCUCCACCCCCAUACUAUUACAACUCCCCACCACCACCUUCGCCAUCUCCUCCUCCACCCUACUAUUACAAGUCUCCACCUCCACCUGAGAAGUCUCCAGCUCCAGCUCCCUAUUUCUACAAAUCUCCUCCACCACCAUCCCCAACUCCUUAUUACUACAAGUCACCUCCUCCACCACCCUACGAGUACAAAUCUCCUCCGCCUCCAUCUCCAAUACCUCAUCCACCUUACUACUACAAGUCUCCUCCUCCCCCUUCACCAACUCCUUACUACUACAGUUCUCCACCCCCACCUCCAUACUAUUAUAACUCUCCUCCUCCACCAGUUGUGUAUCCCCCACACCCUUACCCACAUCAUUACCCCCACUCAUUGAUUGUGAAGGUGGUAGGUACAGUUUACAGCUACAAGUGCUAUGACUGGAAGCAUACCGAGAAGUCUCAUAACAAGGAACACCUCAAAGGUGCCGUUGUGGAGGUCCAAUGCAAAGCAGGGUGGAAAGUGAUCAAGGCUUACGGUGAAACUAAGAGCAAUGGAAAGUACAGUAUCACAGUUAAGGAUUUCGACUAUGUCAAGUAUGGACCCACAGCGUGUAAGGCCAAGCUUUAUGCUCCACCUAAAGACUCGCCUUUCAACAUACCUACUGAAUUGAACGAAGGAACCAACUUGAAGGUGAAAUCUAAGGACAAGUACGAAGUGGUGCUUAAGGCUGAGCCAUUUGCUUAUGCUUCAAAGAAGUAUUUUAAAGACUUCACCACCUCCACCUCCACCGUCACCUAA